AUGAGAAAGAAAAUUAGCACAGGUCUUAUCGCCACAAAUGGUGAUGGAAAACCUAACAUUCGCCCCCCGAUUCCAGCCAGCUGGUGUCAUUCAGCAUCUGCCACCCUCACAGACAAAGAGAUUGAGGAAGUAAAAUCAGCCAGCGGACACAAUAACCAGCUUCGAGAGAUCAUGUCAUCGGAGAACGGCAGCGGAGAACCAUCACCUGAAGAUAAUACUCCAUCCAUCAAUGGUACUUCAAAUGCUAUGAGUGAUCCCGAUGAUCAGACUAAUACACAUUUAGAUAACUUUGCCAAUGGUGGUAACAAUAACCGUGUGGAAAACUCCGAGUCCCCAUGUGUGAUUCCCCCAGGUUUUGACAGUGCCUCUCAAAGUUUGCCUGUUAUUAACAAUCCUAACCCUGCUGCUAUGAGUGAAGAUAGCAAUGUGGAUGUUGAAACUGAGGAGCAGAACACACCGGUCAGUAACAGCAUGCAGGAUAUCGAACGAGAUGAGGCAGUCUCCAAUGCAGAGGCUGUCUCCAGUGGUGUCGACCAAGACAGGGAUGAGCAAGAUGACGACAGCGAGAUGUCCGACGCCCAGUAUAUAGAAAAGCAGGUUGUCGAGUCAUUUCUGAAUGUGACACCUAAUGACCUGCACUCCAUAGGUAGUAAGAAUGGGACUGGAUUACCCAAAAGCUCCUCCUCAGCAAGUGAUAAUAGUCUGUAUAAACUGUCAGCCAGACAUGAAAAAGGGCUUUCCUCUGUUGGCGAGAGCUUGGAUAUGUCCGUCUCCAGUGUUUUAAACAAAUCAGAGAAGAUUCUUGAUGCUGUGUCAAUGACAAUAGCCAGCGUUGCAGCGGGAGAAGGAGGGCCCCCAGAGUUCCUAUCGAAAGCUCCUCCAGACAGACACAGGGAUGAACGUGUCACAUUUCAACAUAAUCAGUCAUCUGUUAGUAAACACAAUUUCCCCCUCCUCUCUGCAGAAAAGAUCAAACACGAGAAAAGCAUGUCCGCCAGCGCCAGAUUACCAGUUAUCAGUUCGUUGUUAGCACCAUCAAGUUCGGCUUCGCACACGGCAACUCUCCCUGGCAUACAUCAUAUAGCAUCUCGCGGAAAAAUCAGUAGUUCACCAACAACGGUACUGCCAUCAGUUGCUCACUUUUUAGGUCCUGCAAAGUCACCUCCAAUAGCUUAUACCUCCCGCCAGUCGAGCACUGAUGUCUAUGGGACACCUUUGACUGCUACAUCCGGGGACACCAAUGAUUCAGUUCAUCUCAGCAGUCAUUACCAGACCUCAACAGGGAGCCAUCUACCAACAGACACAACACACUCAUCUUCUAAAUCAAAGAGCUCUCGCAAGCCAGUAACUCCUGCUGGACUCAGACUAAGUAUGGCUGCUUCAGAAGAACUCCCAGAUCCUCUGCCUGUGCCUCAGUACUCAGAUAAGGUUAUAAGAGCCAAGCAACUGGGAACUGUGGCUUUUGACCGGCCAACGGUUUUACGGGAGACGGUUCAGUUUUUUCUACAGUUCAAGCAUUACUGGAGCAGCCAUGAUUAUGACCGGAUAUCAAAUUUAGUUAUUGAACUUUUCCCAGAAUUCAAAGACAAUAGUGACACACCAGGUGUUCCAGCCAAUAAGAGGAUCAGAACAGACCUGUCAAUGUAUGCUCGCAAUUUCCGUCGCAGAGAAGUGUCACAGCGCAAGAAAGAGGGCUCUGGUUUCACGCCCAACAGCAUGGAUCAGCGAUCCGAGACUGCCACCUCGGGAAGUCAGGAGGGGGGAGGUCGGCAGUUCUACAGUCCAUCAUCUCCUUCAAACAGCAACGGCGGGUCGGUGACAACCAACAGCACAAACAACCCUUCAGACUUCUGUAAUGAGCUGCUGACAGCCGCCAGCAUCAUUGAGAGUCAGAACACAGCAAGUAGGAACCGAGAAAUGAGCGGCCAGGGGCCUCACAAUCAUCAUAAGAUAAGAAUAGCGGAGCCGGGAUCACACAGCCAAGGAGUAGCCAUUCAGAAACAGGAAACAGUAGAGGAUGAUGAUGCACGCAGGGAUGCCUACAGCAGCCAACAAAAAUCUCGUGGAGAGACUGCUGACGACGAAGAGGAUGACACACCUAUACAUUUUGUGUAUGACAAGGAUGCAAUGACUGCUUCUAGGGAUGCUACUGCAGCCUGGCAGAUGUACUCAGAGCAAAUGGCUCAGACUGUUGCAGCUGGAAGUUCAGGCUUAGAUUAUGGCGUCUCAGAGGUGUACCAAGUAGAACCAUACACACAGCAAGCUGUUAAAAAGGAUUUAGGGACUUGUGCCCGCAACAUGAGGCGUCGGCUGCCCAGUGCCAAAUACAAGCCAAUCCCCUCAUCCCAGAAGUCAUGGGGUAACUCUCAUAUGGGUCUGGAGCCACAGAUUUCUGACAGCACAAGUGUGAGUGCGGCUGUGAUGCCAGGAACUGCUGAGUACAUGAAAGCUUUGAUGGCUGCACAAAACAUGAACUUAACAGAACUGGGCAUGACGCAGCGGAAUCUUGGGGAACUAGCGUUGUUAGCAGGUAUAAAACAACGUAUUGAACAGUACCCGCAGGAGGUGACAGACUUGGAAAGACAAUACCUUGCUCAGUGCUCCAGUGAGGAGCAAAGACAAGCUUUGAUGGCCUCAGGGGCUUUUGGUAAUGAUACUUCUGCUAUGGCAGCCCUCAGUGCUUUUUAUGGGCUGGGCAUGGACAUCACAAGCACCAAGAGAGGACCUAAUUCUUCUGAUUACAGUACAGCUCCAACCCAUGACACAUCUUCAUCAAUGGCUGGAGGAGAGCUGGAUAUUCCUAGUAAACGCCAGAGAAGAAUUUCACAGGCAGAGGUAGAAAAACGACUCAGAGAGGCGGAGUUGAAUCACAGUAGCUCACACCAUGAAGAUAAAAGCCACGGACUUUCAGUGGGUGUGUCAGACACACAUUUGGUCAAGAGAGAGCCCAUGUCCCCGAGUGGAGAAGGUGGGAAGGCAUCCAGUAAGCAUCAUCACCAGCAUCUGUCGGUACCUAUAUCAGCUUUUCCCUCGACUAGCAGCAGCUCAACACAUGACCCCUCGUAUUGGGACACUCAGGCAGCUCCCAACAUGGCACUGGCCAGCCUGGCUCACCCGGGACCCCAGCAGGCUGCGGCUCAAGCCCAUUCACAGGCCCAGAUACAGCAUUUAACUGGGCAUGACCCUUCAGCACAUCCUGGUUCCACAGAAGCUCCGAUGAACCUGACGUACCACGAGUCGGAAAAGCACGUAUCCCACAGGCUGAACACAGAUUCACCCCUUCCAGAUUCCCUUCCAGACACCGCUGGAUUGGCAGCUCAGGUUGAGGUAACAACAUCCUCAGUUAAAUCGCAAAGCCCCCGAAGACGAGCAUCUUCAUCCCCACGAUCUUCCCAUCAAGGUGAUCAGUCUCUCAGCUCCAGGGAUCAGGUAAAACUGGUGUGGUUUCCUCAUGGUGCUGGCUUCAAGAAGGAAAACCAGGAAAUUGUCUGUCUACCAGAUCCUCUACCCAUUCCAAAUUACUCCCAGAAGAUUCUGAGUGCCCGAGCCGAGGGCUCUUCCAUGAGGCACAGGUCUGAGAUCAUCAGAGAAACCGCCCGGUUCUUCCUGGGGCACAAGUACUGGUGGUCAAGUGCUGACUACACCCGGAUAUCGGAACUGGUUGUGCAGCAGUUUCCCGACCUCAAGGAUGACUCCUCUCCCGAUGGAAUGACCAAUUAUCGGCGUAUCCAGAGAGACUUGUCUAUGUGUGCCAGAAAUUUGCGCAGGAGUAAAAAACCCAGAAAAAUGCGAGAGCUGUCCACUGAUCCAUCAAAUUCCCUUCUGGACCCCUCAGGGACUCCUCGAUCCUCAAAGAAACAGUCAAAGUUGCCAAAAUCAUCUUUAUUUUCAUCAAGUUUGGAGAAAAGACAGAAGCGGUCCUCUGGCCAUCCUUCCAAGAUAAAGAAACUGAAGCAGGAGUCUGCAGCCACAGUGGUGUCGGAGCCUUCAGCACCAGCGGGGGCGUCUGAGGACAUGACAGCAGCAGCAGCGCUGCUUCAGCAACAGUUUAUGCAGUCGUCGUCUGCCUCUUCAUAUCAUCCUAGUGCACAUCUGCUUCCGUCAUCUCACAUGUUGCCUUCGUUACACACACACCCGUCACUUCACGAACAGCAGAUGCAGCUGAGUUCAGCUUUGCUGCACCAACAGCUUCAGGAGAGUCAUGUCAGUGUGGAAGAAGCCCACAGUGCCAAGCGGCUUGUCAAGGAGGAAUCGGGCCUUCAUGAAGCCAUGGAACAUUCCUUUACUGGUGUCAAGUCUGGUACUGUGACCCCGAUGCAAAGGGCAGCCUCGCCCACAACUGAAGGUCAAGCAUCACUAAGUAAAUCGAAUAUUGGUCACAUCAGGAGUCUCGAUGGGGUGGGAAUGAACAAGGAGGAGCAUGAGAAGAUCGUUCAGCACCAGCCUACACCCCCGACAACCAUGAAAGUCUACGCUGACCCUGAUCACGGCAAUGAUCUCCAGGAGAAAUUCUCCACUCUGUGGAGGAAAGGAAAGUUCUUUGACGCCUCUCUCGGUGUCACCAACAAAAAACUGCAUGUCCACAAGUUAGUGCUUUUGGCUAUGAGUCCCUACCUGCAGGAAACAUUUAAGAAUGCAGAUCCACGAUCACAGCUGGAGGUCAACUUGCCAUCGGACACGACCUAUGAAACGGCCAAGGCAUUUCUCAAGUAUAUUUAUGAAGGAAUCUUAGAGGUGGAUACAUCAUCGGUCAGGUCUCUACACAAAAUUGCCACAAUGCUUCAAAUGACCAAACUGGCACAGUAUUGUCAGAACUUUGCUCAGCAGCUCCAGGAAGAGGCAGAUCAAGCUAACGGAGUCCGGGGCGGAGGCGAAGGAGAGAUUCCCAAAAUCUCUGUCAACUUGGGAGAGCUGGCAGAUGUUCAGGCCCAGAGGCAAAGACAUUUGGAGGCUCAGGCACUUCAUCGUCUAGGAGAAACAUCGUCCAUGUCUUCUUCAGAUUUACAUCGCAGUUCAGCUGCUCGAUACAUGUCUGAGGAGCACGCACAACUAAAGGGAGAGUAUCUAACCACAGGGGACCAAACUUCUGCUGACCAAAUGUCAGGGGCUCCUCACUUUUUACACCAGGAUGUUCUCUCCCAGCAUCGUGCUCUCGUGGCAGCAUCCUCGUCUCUCCAGUCAUCAAAUCCAUCCUCUCUCUUGCUGUCAUCCUCCCAAGAUGUGGCCACACAGCAGUUGAUACAGGCUGCUCUGGCUAGGCACCAGGCAUCUUCGUCCCCCCAGCCACCACAGUCCGUGUCAUCGUCGAUGUACCAGCAGCAUCAACAGCAUGUGAUCGCACAAAAUGAUGCAGCACUGCUGCACCGCUUGACCUCCGCAGACACCUCUGUAACAGCAUCCAGCGCCUCUCAUCUGGAUCACCAGCAGAAGCUGGCCUUCGCAGCAUACUGGCAAGCCCACACCAUCGGGGAGCUGAUGUCGCGCAACCAGGUCACAGGACUGACCUCUGACCCUUCUUCUUUGACUGCUGCCUCAGAACUAGCUGCCAUUGCAGCAGCUGCAGCCAGCACCACUUCAGAAGACACACGGCACCUUCUUUCAAGUAUAGGUCACGAGAACAAACUAAAGACAUCCCACUCCAGAGGUCACCAUUCUAAACAGACAAGCUGGAGCAGCCAGGUUGGGGACACAGAAGGCGGUCACCAAGGCACGAUGCUGCCAGAAACGUGCAUGCCUGCGGAUAUGGCAAGGUCUCAUGUCAACAACACAGGAGGAAACUCAUAA